GGUGGUGUAAGUGGCCGCGCUCGUGGAGAAACUCGUCUCUGGAACUGCCUGGAACAAGAUGUGCAUCGCUCCAGACUUUGUUGAAUAUGUUUUCCGCAACUACACGAUCUCAAGCGGACUGGUACGAUCUGUGUUGAUGCCAUGGUGGUAUGGUGGUAUGUAUGGUGGUGGGGUAUGUGUCGCCGAAAAUUGCGCCUGAAACGGCGGAGUGCGGUGUAGAAAGAUUUCAAGAAACGUGGAUGUCGUGCGAGGUCAAGCCUCAGACAGCGAAGCUUGCCGCUGCGAUCGAUUUUUUUCUCUCAAAUUCACGAUGUUCAGGAUCCCAAAUGCCCGAGCAGAGGUUGCGCUCUUCUUAUUCUGGCAAGGCGAGGAGGCUGUAUGUCGUUCUUUUUCCCGAUCUGGACAGCUCGACGAAUCCCGACUCGAGUACAGAUUCAGUAGCCUGGUCGAACCCAAUCUCGGCCUUUCCAGAACAAAGAACACGGCUGUUCGAAGAUUUGGCAAUAUUGGCAAAAGAUCCCGCCGGGUGUGAACGUGCUGUAUAAAUCCUCCAGGUAUUACCAACGACCCGGAAAGUUUGCGACCAGAGGAGAGGACUGUGCAGGUGGUGAAUGGGUC